AUGGAGUUUAUUAACAUUUGCGUAUUAACAUUUGUGUUCAUCAACCUGUCCUCAGUAGGCCAUGCAGCAAUCGACUUGAAGGAAUCUUACAUAGGAUGCUAUCGAAACAUCAGCUCAACGAAAACAGUUGCAUCAGUUGGCUCAGUGGAUCGCUGUUCAGUGGAGUGCAAUUUGGAAAUUAACAAUAUGAUCGCUUUAAAGAAUGGAAAAGAAUGCAACUGUAUUGGAAGGUUAGAUUCAGCAGUGGCUUCAUCCCAGUGUGAUGUUCCUUGCGACAAUAAAGAUGCUUGUGGUGGAAGUGCUUCAUAUUCCGUUUAUAAAAGCAAGCCACGAGUGAUGCACGAUGCAUAUGCAAGUAUGGACAACCGUCAGACCAAAUCUAUCGAGAUGACUUUGCCAGCUGACUACACCCUCGAGACAUGCGCACAUUUCUGUCUAGAAACUAACCAUACAUUCUUUCAAACGAUCAGGGAUAAACUUUGCAGUUGUUUUCAGGAGCAUAAAGUAGGUAAUAUUUACAAACAAAAACAGAUAUGUACAAAAUGCAAACAUAAUCCUUACGAAGUUUGUGAAUGUUAUCAUGAAACCCACCAAGCCAAGACCACAAUAUUUGCUACACGCUUCCAAUACGACUUCCAACGCGGUGUAUCGUCCUAUUCUCAUUGCAGAAAGAGCAGAAGUAUUGAAAUAAAAGCAACAUGUCCCAGCGGGUGUGAUCCUGGAUGGAGAGGGGAUUCAUGCAGAGAAAGAGAUUGUGAAAAGAACAGCGGGGAUUGUCCCGUUGGAAUGAAAUGCAUUGAAUCAAUUGUUAAUAGCAUCAGGUACGUUGAAUGUGUCUGUUCACCUGCCAAGGUAAGAAACAAAUGGUUUAAAUGCGAGGUUUUUAGGAGGAAUAUAGCUCUGCAAAAACCACCUUAUUAUAUUGAUAGUUCGCAUCACAGGAAAAUUAAAGACGGUCAUUUUGCAUAUAACAAAUUUUAUUUAACUGACGGCAUAUACGAUGGAUUUUUUAUAUCCCACAUUGAUGGUCCUAUGACAGCUUGGAUGGCUGUCGACCUACUCAAUUUAUACUGCGUUGGUUUCAUUAAAGCAUAUAACCGAAUGAGUAUACGAAUAAAUAGCGUUCAUCGUAUGAACUGGUUUGUCGUUAGACUCAACGAAACACUCAACACAACUUCCAAAGACGACAUAAGUAACCAAACUAACUUGUGCGGAUAUGGACCAGAAAUAGCACUGCAAAGUGGAAACCCCAUUGUGGUCUUCUGUGAAAACUUCACCAUCUUUUCACAAUUCGUCAUCAUCCAACAGUCUGAUGAAAAACUGCAUGAAAAUUUUGCAGCACUUGCAGAGUUGGAAGUGUUUGAAGCCGGAUGCGACCUCUCCAACGGGGGUUGUGGAAAUGAAAUGUGCACAGAAUAUAAGCAAAACACAACCGUCAUAUGCUGCGGUGAUGACUGUUUAUUAAUGACUACAACUACCGCUGCUAUUAAAUCUACCACUACUGCCACAGAAUCUGACGCAAUUAAAAAUUCAUAUAUGAAAUCUGACGUAUAUAUAGAUAAUUCUACAUAUUUGACGUACAUCACAUUAGGUGUGGUUGUCCCGCUGUGGCUGCUUGUUCUUCUCAUUAUAACAUCGCUUUUCAAGGAGAAACGGAGAUGCGGGGAAAAAAGGAGAUCGCAGUUCGAAGAUACACCCGCGGAGCAACCAGAUGAGUGCUUCUUAGUUGAGAAAUCGUCUCGACAGAUUAUCGUAUUAGCGAAUAGUUUCGGUACCAUAACAUCACUAAAAGUCAAGACCUCUUUCAACCGCCGGCAUGUCUUCUCGCAGACGAUAGUCGAGUUAGUUUGA